AUGACUGCCGUCGCGAGCCCGCCCAGCUUCCAGCAACUCAAUCGACCGGGAUGGAAUGUUAAUGGCGGCCAAAGUCUGAAUUCGAUGAACCCAGAAGACGUCAGAGGCAUGUUCGCCGCACCUCGGAAGACGCUGCAGCGGAGCAACUCUUCCUCCUCGGUCUCAUCUACCUCCUCCAACUCGUCUACUACCACUGUUGCCACCAAUGGCUCGCAACCAAAUGGCACCCCGGCGUCUACAAACUCUGAUAUGAGCUGGUCCAGCACCGCCUCGAGAAAGCGACCACAACCCAAAGGACCAUGGCCGCCAGGCAAGCCAGAAGGUCAAGCCGAGUUCGGCAGACCUAUCAUGCGAAACGCCAUCAACGGCAUCAAUGGCGGUUCGUCGCUACAGACGGCUCCAGGCCAACCGCAAAUGAUGUCGCAGCAGGGACUCGGGGCAAGGCCCAUGGGCGACCCGAUGCCUAGCGGGCAGCCUGUGCUCUAUCUCUUGUCGCUCAAUGGUACCUUUGAACGCAAAACCAUCUCGGUACCAUUCUACCCAGAAAGCCUCCGUAUCGGUCGCCAAACCAAUCAGAAGACGAUCCCGACUGCCACCAACGGCUACUUUGAUAGUAAAGUGCUAUCAAGGCAGCAUGCUGAGAUUUGGGCAGACCGCACCGGCAAGAUAUACAUCCGCGACGUCAAAUCGUCCAACGGAACCUUUGUCAACGGCACGCGUCUCUCCCAGGAGAAUCGCGAAUCCGAACCGCACGAGCUACAGACGGGAGAUCAUUUAGAGUUGGGAAUCGACAUUGUGAGCGAGGAUCAGAAGACCGUCGUCCACCACAAGGUUGCCGCCAAGGUUGAACACGCCGGCUUCAUGAGCCCCUCAAGUAACGUUAUGGACAUGAAUUUUGGCGAUUUGGACCCCGCAAAUGGUGGCAUGAUGAUGCCAGCGCCGAGCCCAAUGCCCUACCGUGGCAGGACUGGUAGUAAUGCAUCGAUGGCCAGCAAUGGCCGCAUGAUGGCGCCCCAGAAUAUGGCCGGCAUGGCCCCUAAUGGUGGAGCAGCCCGUGGAUUCUUGUUAACGCCCAUUACCACGGAGCAUAUCGUCAAGAGACUUCACAACGAGAUGCGCAAUGCUCGAUUGCAGUCUCAAGACCUCUCCCGGACGGGCCAAUUCGUUCACGCUCUCUUGAGCAAAGACGAUGUAAAAGAUCUCGAGAAGCCGGAAGCCCCCGAACCUCCGAAGCAGCUUCCCAAUGGCAACGCUCUACCCUUCCGUACCGAUGCGAAGACCAGAUUUUCCGAUCCUCCUGCCCCGCCUCCGCAGCAGCCGCUGCCUGAGAAGCCCGAUGUGCCUUCACUGAAACGAGGCACCACUGAGCGACCAAAGACUAAUAGCACCACCUCGCCCGUUGGACGGGACAACUUGCAUCAGAUCAUUCAGUUGACCGAAGCGUUGAAUAACGCAAAGAAGGAGAUGGAUACCCAAACGGCCCGUAUUAAGGAUUUGGAAGACAUGCUCCGAAAAGAACGGGAGGCACGCGAGCUUGCCGAGGAUAUGGCAAAGAUCCUUGAGGACAGUGCCUUGAAGGAAACCAAUGGCGCGCCCAAGGAACACGAUACCGAGAUUCUCGAGGAGGCUUUUGAGCCGCCCCGCGAUACCGUCGACACCCAGGAUAUCGAGAUGACAGAUGCCGAACCGCUCUCCGAGGAGCCUGCUCCAGAGAGCGCUGAGGAUAUUGCUGCACGUUUCCAGGUCAAGCUUGACACAAUGAUGUCAGAAGUGACGGACCUGAAGCAACAGAUGGAGGCAUGGAAGAGCAGAUGCGAGAAGGCUGAGACGGAGCGCGACGCCGAUCGUCAAACUUUGGCCGAGAUGGUUGCCCAGAUUCGCAGAGACGAGGAGGCUAGGCAAAACGCUGCUGCUGCGGAGAAGAAUCGUUCUCUUUCCCCAGGACGACGCGGCCGGAGCGAAGGACCUGCCGACAAGACAACUUCAGUUGUUCAGGCCAAUGGAUCCGGUGACUCGACGUCAGCUUCUACCCAGGCAGAGUCACCCGUGGACGACUUUGGUGACAAGCCCACGUUGUCACGAGCCAACACCAUUACGCCACUUUCCAUACCUCCAGGCAAGCUGGCAAAGGACCAAGCCAUGAUGGCCGGGGUUCCCUAUGCUUCCAUGCUUGGCGUGGUAAUCCUUGGCAUGGGUCUCAUGGCUUACAUUAACGGCUGGCAACCCGAGCCGACUCCCCACAAGCACUUCAACGUUGGCGUUGCACAUACUUAUGGCGUUUCUUGCAUUGAAAGCGGUCAUUCGUUUUCCACCGACCUCUACCAAGGACGGCUGGGAGGGAAACAAAUGGUUGGAGAUGGCGUUAAAGAUUUUCUUCCUUUCUGUGGGCUGGGGUCCUCAAUCGAGGACGUUUCGAUCGCGCUGCAAGCACGAAAGACAAAUGUGUCCCGCUGCAACAUCCCUGAUGGGAAUACUUGUAGUGUCACCCUUCGGUAUGCGGGCGCAUUUGCCGCUCUACAUGAACAUGAGGGGAAGGGCUGUAGAUUACCGGCAGUAUGGCAGGGGUGGAUUGACGAGAUUAAUAGCUGUUGCAUCGAAUGUCGGACGGCUAUUGAUGACUGCCGUCCUCCCUUCAGCAACGAUAUGCUUAGUCUAGCCCCCAUAAUGAUGCUGCUUUGCUUCGGAACAAAUUGGGAAGAAGGACAGAUUCCAGAUAAGAGGUGCUACGGAAUGGAGCCCAAACCAAGGCCCGGCAACAUUUGUGAAAUGAAGCAUUCCAGUGCCCAUCACCACUUAAGUGUUGACUCCAUUCUCCCCGACAACGCACAUGUCAAACAAACAGUCAAUAACCUUUUCAACUAUGUAAGCGCUCGUUGUGAUCCACUUACCAUCGAAAGACGAAAGCUCAAUUGCCCCUCAUUUUGGUACUACGGCUUCAAGAUAUCAUUCCCACUAGAUCAUUUUGAUGGACAUGGCCGCUCCUUCAUCUACGAAGAAGGCGUCCAGCCCAUGAACCAACCCACACGACCCGCUAAGCCGAAAUCCAACCCUCAACCUCGUCGUCCACCUCCACCCCCGCCAAAAAGAUCAACAGACCCUCACGAAAACAUCCACGCCUGGCUCUCGGGCGUCACGAUCGACGAGGAACAUGUACCCCUCGCAUCAGACAUCUUUCAUGCUCUAGGCCAGAUCCAAGGUCAGACGAAGGAGAGCCACCAAGCACCACCGGUGGACGAGCAGCAGAAGCAGUCGGGGACACAGACACAGACACAGGCCGCCGGUCCGACGGUGACUGUCCACACCAUGGGCCCGGGGUUUAUCGGCCGCGCUCCGGCGUUUGGGACGUCUGAGUUCUUUGCGAAUAUGGUUGUUGUGGGGAUUCUGUUGCUCUUCGCGCCGGGGUUUACGAUUCUUGCGGCGGGGGUGUUUUUCACGUCGAGGGUUGCGGAGAGGUGGGCUGGGCAGGAGUAA